UUCCGGGCUUUUUUAAUCUGAUUCCUAACUCCUAAUCUGACCCAUUACCAAAGGAUUGUCUGCGCACAAUCACAAAUAAACUCGACACAAAUGUUUCCAACGAGCUCCAUCUCUGUAAAAUGUAAAUAAAGGCCAUCUGCUCCGACAUGUAAACAGCACACUGAGUCCUCCUAUCAGGGCAUCCCUCGCGCAUUGGCCCGCCCCCUUUACGACGUCUCUCUGCUCCUAUUGGUCAACAGAGUAAACCCCGCCCACGCCACGGCUGGAGUCUCAGUGCCGUAUUCAAAGGCUCUGUGGAGUCUAACCUCCUACCGGACGUCGGACCGCCCACCUGAGCGAGGACAAAAACAAUCGGCAUCUCUCAUGCAGUACAAAUUAAACAGGAGGACCCCGGCCCAAAUUUGAUAUUAAAAACCUUUCUCGGCGACACGGACACCACCGAGAGAGAAAUGGUUUCCCCGGUAACAGUGGUCAAGAGUGAAGGCCCCAAGCUGGUGCCAUUCUUCAAGGCAACCUGUGUAUACUUUGUCCUGUGGCUGCCCACCUCAAGCCCAUCCUGGUUCAGCGCACUGAUCAAAUGUCUGCCCAUCUUCUGCCUCUGGGUGUUCUUACUGGCACAUGGGUUCAGCUUCCUCGGUGCUCACUCCAGUGCCCGCAAGAUCUUGGCUGGCCUCAUCUUUUCUGCUCUGGGUGACGCCUUUCUCAUCUGGCAGGAGCAGGGCUACUUCGUCCACGGCCUUCUGAUGUUUGCCAUCACCCACAUCCUCUACUCAUCUGCCUUUGGGAUGAAGCCCAUUAACAUGUCCGCCGGCCUGGUGAUCACUGCCGUGUCCUCUCUGAGCUACAUGCUGUUGUACCCCUACCUGUCCGGCCCCUUCACCUACCUGGUGGCCGUCUACAUCGCUUUGAUCGGCUUCAUGGGCUGGAGGGCUAUCGCGGGCCUGCAGCUGGCCAACGACCUCUGGACGUGGACCAAGCUGUCCGCCUGCCUGGGCGCCGUGCUCUUCAUGGUCUCCGACCUCACCAUUGCCGUCAACAAGUUCUGCUUCCCCGUGCCCCAUUCGCGCGCCAUCAUCAUGGCCACCUACUACGCCGCCCAGAUGCUGAUAGCGCUGUCGGCCGUCGAGUGCCAGGACGCCGAGGUGGCCAGGAAGAGAUUGUGAGGUGCUGCGGUGUCCGCAGUGAAUGGCCGCGAGGCUGGGAAGGCGGCAGCUGCCCCACCUCCGGCCCUGAGUGAUCAUGGACACAUCUCACUGCCAGAUCCCCAACCCUUGACCCUCAUUUCAGUGUGGUGCUCCCACACCGUUGUUACCAUGACGACUGGCUCACUCCAGUCUUCACGUGGCUAUCACUCUACUACCCCACUAGUACGAUAGUCUCACACCUGUCUUCUUACCAUGAAGAUAAGGUAGAAUUAUCUUUAGCCUCUCCCGACAACAGUCCUACCUGCCUCCUCCGAUCCUAGAAUGGCCGUCUCUCCACCUAGUUACCAUGGAGACAAGUGUAGUGAUAUUAACCUGCUAUAUAUAGAGAGUAUUACUUUACUUUUAACUAUUAUGUUUUAAUUUAAGGGGAGCACGUCACUGGGGACCUUCAAGAAGUGCGUGUGGGAGAGCGAUUGUGUGUGUGUGAGCGUGUGUGUGUGUGUGUGUGUGUGUGUGUGUGUGUGUGUGUGUGUGCAUUUUAUGUGUGUUUGAUUAACACUCUUACCUCGCUUUCCACACAGUUCCAUCACGCACAGUCAACACACUGACUCCCACCACACACGUCUUCUUUAAGUGGUCCAAUAAUACAACAUGACAUCUUAUUUUUGUCUUUUUUGUUUUGUUGCCUGAGACCUUGUUAAAAAGGGAUUUUUUUUCUUACAGACUCACCCAUGUUUGGCUUUUUUCACCCUCUGUUGCUCCCCCUGAAUUAAGGGUGCUAUUCUUAAAGUUGGGAGCAUAAUCCACACCUGCUUUAUUAUCUGCAGUCCCUUCCAUUUCAUUUAUAAUAACCACACUGCCUUUAUUCACUCCACGAUUUACAUCGUCAAGAAAUCCUCACCUGGUCUUUGCGGGUGAAUGAAUUAGGUUGUUCUUGAAUAGCUGGAUGUGCAGGGAAAGAAUGACGGAGACGAGGAAUAAGGCAAUGAGGCGGAAAGGCAAGCAGGGAAAGUUGCGUGACUGCAACAACUGCAGUGUAUUGUAGCUGUAGUGACUGAGAUUUGGAGAUUGUUUUUAGAAGCUUGAUCCAGUUAUUGACACUGUCCUGCUGUCACAAAGAGAACUCAGAACACACCAUAGUCCUCGCAGACUGCUGUAUAUAUACCAACAUGCUGCACACUGCACCUGCUUACCCUGAUGGUGUUAAGUCUCUCGGGCUUUUUACAGUGUUUUGCCUGCACAGUUUUUUUCCAGAAAUGAGGUGUAAAUGUUGACAAGCACACACACCUGACACCUACGACCCCUGCCGGUUUAGUUAUUAGGAAAAGUCCACAGGGUUCUAGAUCAGCCGCCCCAUGCUGUCAUUGGCCAGGGACCAUGUUAUGAAGAAUGAAAAAGAAAGAGCUGUGUUACUGGCUGGAAUCUUUUUGUUUAUCAACUCUCCCUGUGUGUAUCUGGGCCUCAGAAGGCAUUCACUCAUAACGACACGCACACAAACACACACAUAAACAUACACACUGCCCAUGGGCAGUGUGGGUGAGGAAAAAAGGGAGAUGGGGGAACUGACUUGUCAUGUGAGGGAACAGUUAUCCCAUUAUUCCCAAUAAUUCCCUCUCACAGGACAUUUCAUCAGCUUUAAUCCCGCAAAAUCCACCGCGGCUAAUCCCCGACAGGUCUGCUGAUAUUUUUUGUCUUUCAUCUGUCACACAUUUCCCUCUCUCACCUUUCAUUUGUUACGCUGCAAACCAUUCAUGCAAGGAUGAACGGUCAAAAUACUGAAGAAGUAUACUGUAACCCUUUCCUCAGUUGUCUACAUACUGUAUAUGCAUGUUUGGAGUGUGUGCAUGUGUGAGAGUGUAUGUAUUGCUGUUGAGUGAAUGUGUGUGUGUGCCUGUGACAAGUCAGAACCAACUCAAUGCCAGAUAUGCUGUGAACCAUCAUAGUUUGUGUGGAGUAGACACACGACUGGAUAUCUUUAAUGUAUUCUCACAAGGCUCUUAAACUUCAUACUCUUCACCUCUUGAGAUUUGCAACUACUUAAUGUAUUUUACAGCAUCUCCCAAAAGUGUUGUCAGUUAAGGAUGACUUUAAGGUAGUAUUUGAUGGGCAACAGUAUAUUGAAACUGGAGUCCAUCUCUUUUUUAGGAUUAAUUUGACCUUAAAGCUGGGGUAGGCUAUUUUCUGGAAAAGUGGAAAAAAAUGCCAGGACUUUAAAAUACAGCCCUCCUCCUGCAGCUCUCCCCCCUAUGUCCUAAAGCGGGAUUUAUAUUUGUACGUCAGCUCUAUGCAGUGCCUACGUCCUUGUGAGCAUUUAUACUUGUGCGGUGGUGUAUCUGUGUCACUCUGCAGUUACACCUCCAAAACACUAGUUGGCAGCGGGGUUUCUGUGAAGUGCUGUAAAGUUUAGUUGAUUCAAAACACAAAUUAAACAUGGCUUAAUAGCAACAAUUUCAAACACAAGUACACAAAAUCAGCUUCACUAUAACUCACAGCAUUCACAGACAAAGCACUUGUCUUUAUCUGGACACAUUUUCCCCACAAAUACAACAUGCUAAUGUUUUUAGCACAAGCCUAUGGCAUUUUUCAUUCUAUAAAUUAGCCUAGCGGCUAGCAGACUUUUCUUCUACUCAUAUGAAGCCAGGGACAACAGCAACAUUUAACAAAGGUAACGUUACAAAAUUCGUCUUCACAAGGUUCACUGACCAAACAACUGUCUUAUACUUAACACAUUUUCCAAACAUAUAUAACAUGCUAGCUAGCUCAUGCCUAUGGCAUUUUACAUUGUAUUAAUUAGCCUAGCAACGAGUGGCGAUUUCCUGUACUCCUAUUAAGCCAGGAUAAAUCACACACAAGAUUUAAAAUGCUAUUUAGUGGAGGCUUUAUUGUCUUCACAAUUUAUUGUUUCUUAUCUGUGAAAUGAAAGUAAAUUAAGGCUUCAUUUCCACUGAGGGAAAUGGUUUCAGUUGACAUAAAUACACAAGAGGUCUGCGUCAACUGCGUCAAGUAUAAAUCCUGCUUAAGCCCCUCCCGCCCAAACGAACACGGGCAUGUGCAUGCGCUUCAUACAGUAACCUGAAUGAGUAUUAGUCAUUUAUUUCAGAUAUCCUGAUCAUGAUUUUGAUCCUGAUGCCUUCAUGUAGCGUCAAUUCUAUGAGAAUUAAUGUCCUGUUUUCUUUAAAAAAUUGUGGGCCUGUAAAGCCUGUUGAGAUGUCACAUUUGAGGCUCUAGCUAACGUUAGCUAGCUACAUAAACAUGGACUUAAAUUAGCCGCAGCCAUGUGAAUUUGGCUACAGUGAGCUGAAGACUAAACUCUUCGCAACAUUUUCUCUUGAUCUCUCAAACACUUGCCGAUAUUGACACAUUUUAUUGUGUUGCUGUCUGACUCUUUCUUUUUUGAAAAGUCCGUUCCGUUACGUGCAAAAACAUUAUUAUUGGAUUUUUGCUGAUGAAAAAAGCCUAUCCCAGCUUUAAUAGUAAACAUUUCGACCAGUUACCUAGUAUACAUCACUGGCAUUAUGAUUAAUACCACUAACCAGCAAAUCAGUUUUUCACACACAUGUACACUUGCAAUUUAAAGUAUUAAUCUAUCACUAACGAAAAAUAGCAAAGGGACAGGCCUGUUUGGUGUUUCAGUCUACAUGCACCUCAUUGUGAUAUAUUGUCCUGUGUAUAAAACAAACAAGCGUGGAGAAGAAACAGACCCGUGUUAUGGGUUCCUUCUGUUGGGUCAGUGGCCCCUGGAGCUGUCGGUAACACACCCACAUAUGCACAAAAAAAACCCCACACACAUCAAAACAUGUUUAUGCAUGGCAUCAGCCACCAUCGCAGAUCUGCAGGCAGAUCAUGGUGUUGACACUCAUCAAGGUUACUUAAAUACAACAGCAGCACACAGUCUUAGUUUGACCAGGAAUGACACUCAGCUCGAGCGUCUGUUCCUCGCCACCUCACCGGAUAGUUCCUCAAUCUCCUUUCGGCCUGUCAGCACGCUCGUCAGCGUGAUAUUUCUGCUUUGUCAGUCAGAAGUGUUUUAUCAGUCGGUCUGUGUAACCAACAGCCCGACUCUGUGGUACUCUUCUUCUUUUCAUCUCAUCCACCUCACUGGCGGAAGAAGUUCUGUCAACAAUUAAUAAGAGCCUUUGUGUGGAACGACGCCCACAGAGGCUUGCCAGCAGACAUACAUUUGUCUGCUUUAUGCUGUCUUAAAUCAGGGUUUAGCGGAGUACAAGCAGAGAUGCUGGUUAACAUGAUGGACUAUCCAGUACGCAGUCUAAUGUAAGACCACGAGAGAGUGACGAGACUGACUCAAUCUGUCUUACUCAUCCUUACUAUGUGGGCAAUUUAUGUAGGCUCUACUUUCUUUGUCUUCUGCCACAUAAAGCCUCCUAACUUGUGUUCCUGAUGGCUGCAUGCCAGAAGACAGGCUUUACUUUGAAGUAUUGCUGAGAUUAUUUUUGUCGGCCAGCCCACAGUUUUGGAAAAUCUCCACGACUUUGGAAAGUGAAGUUGCUUUUUCUAUGAGUGAUAGAUGAGUGGUAAAAGACGAAGUUAAAUACCAUAUUUAGUUUUGAAUACUGCGUUUCUCCUCCGUCAUUUCUAUUUGUAUUUGACUCGGGCACAGAAAGCUUAAUAGAAAACCGAACUCGUUACAUUGAGUGGAUGUUAGCAUCAGAGCCCUCUCAUGUAUCAAACAACCUUUUGUUUUCGAGGAGGCAGAGGUCUCCCUCAUCAGUGCAGGAGUGCAUUUGGCCUUCCACUUAGGAAGGAGGUUAUUGUUGAGCGAUACUGUAGCUAUAAAUUAGGCGAGGAGGUGAAAUAUGACACACAGGGGAAGACUCCCUUUCCAUCCGGCCCGUUGGCUGCCAUCCUGUCCCCCCCACAGAUGGCAGGCCAGAAGGCGCAUCACUUUACCUCUGCCUGUCAACAGCCCUGUUGUUCUGAGCUUUGUGCACGCAGACAAAAGGGACCUGGGAGAGCUGUGGGAGGCCAGUAUGGUUCGUCCUGCACUGUGAGUAAUGAGCUGGAACCAGUAGCUGUUGUAGAAAGGUCCUGUGGUUUCACUCGGCCCUCCGAAUACGUUUGCACUUCUUUUUUUUCUUCUUUUUGCUGUUGUUUCCUGUGAUGUUUUAUUUGAAGCCUUUGCUGUGCUCAUUACCACGCAGCAGGUGACAUUCAAAACAUAGAGCUGUAAAGGUGGUAUUCCUUUACUCAUUCAUUACAAGUAGGGUAGGAAUCCUCAUGACUCAUUUACAGUAAGGGAAAUGUGCACACUACACACCCAGGUGUUUUCACUGACAGUCCUCCGACAUCAGUAUAAGCCUAUGACAAGUAUGUAAAAGGAAUGCCAUCUUUUUAAUACUAACUUACAGUGUGCUGCAACUUUCUGUAUACAGAGUAAGGCCAGUCAAUCUCUCUUAAAAAGCUAGUGUUUAAAACAAAAGUUUGUCAUGUACUGUAUCUUUUAAAUAUAUAUUCCUCUUUCAUUUAACUCUUUGCAUCCCUGUCUUUAAGAGAGACAGCAGUGACUGUUUUGAUGUCGAUGGUUGAAGCACAAGAAGGUGACGCAUGGGCGCAUGAGAGAAUCAUCGUUAUUCUUUAGAAGGUAUUAAUUGCUCUUGAAGUGUUACAAACCUUUAUGUAUGAAUAUAUUUUGUAAGAGUUAUCCUUUUAUUUGCAGAAAAGCAUCCCCAAAUGUUAUUCUUGCGUGUCACUGUGGAAAGAGCUGGGUUUGUUUUCCACAGAAAAACUAUUGAAGGCCCAUUACAAUGCAACAUAUGACCUAAUUUUAUGAACAAAUGUGUUGUUUUUUUUCUCUUGCUGAUAUAUUUGACCUUGUUUUCCUUGAUUUUCACUUUGUGAUUUCUUUCUUUCAUGACUGUAGAGACGAGAUAGUUUCUUUGCUGUAGUGAAACUGCUAUGAAUGUGAAUAUCUAUUGGAAAAAUAAAUGCAAGUACAAUGCAACUUC